AUGGGAUUCAUCCAAAGUCUAGACGUCCGGCAGCUGGACGAGUUCGGCUCGCCUCUGACGGAGAGACCAACAGCCUUCCCCGUCCCGGCUCAAACGCAGGCCCCUACACAAACGCAAAGGGCAUCCGUGGUCAUACAAACACCUCAGCCGUCAUCGACCGUCGUGCAAGCGAGCGCCGCACCGACAGUCUCCAGCAUCUCAAAUACCACGAGCACCGCUGUUGGCAACACGAAUCCUGCUCCAAAAUCGGGGACCAACGUCCAGGUCAGCAACGGAACAGCAAACGCAACCCCGUCCAACGUCCCAGAGACGGCUUCCGACAUGGAUCAGGGGAAUGCCAUAUCCUCUGACAGGUCCGCCGUCAUUGGCGGAUCGAUAGCCGCUGUCGUUGUUGUCCUGUUCCUGUUAUUCCUGCUGUACAGGUACCGCAGGAAGAUCAUGUCCUUCUUCAGGCCCAAGCCCGAGGACCCAGAAGAGCCCAGCUUCGUCGACGAGCUGGAACGCCAGAACACGCGGCUGAGCAGGUUCGAAGACCGCUGCGGAGGCACCAGCGUCUCGGACGGCCGCCCCCAGACGUCCUCCACCGUGCGGGAGCUGCAGCCACACUACUCGUUCGCGACGUCGGUCCCGACCCUGGCCGAGAGCGUGGCGACGUCGCAGAACUCGCUGACGCCGUCCUCCCGCAGGAGCGGCGAGAUGACCCUCCCGCCGCCCCAGAAGCCGCGCGAGGUGCGGUACCGGCUCCCGCUGUACCACAUGGAGGACGACAGCUACGACAACAUCGAGCUGGACCCGUGCGAGCGGCUCGAGCCGCCGUCCCUGUCCGAGGGCGGCGGCACGGGAGGUGCCGUCAUCCGCCAGGGGCCCUGCAGGACGCCAAGCAGCGCGAGCGCCAGGGCGGUGGCGCUUGCCUGGUGGCAGGCGUCCGGGACGUGCGAGUCGCCCAAGGCGCGGUACUCGUACCUCGAGGCCAAGAAGUCGGCGCCCACGCCCGUGGUGCCCGAGGUGCGGACGCCUUCUCGCGCCGAGGUCUGCGACGACGGGAGCGACUCUGCCGCGAGCUCCGUGUCCGGGGUCAUGAUGAUGAUGAUGAUGGAGGAAGGGUCGUCGAUGAUCGGGACGACGCGGAGCCCGAGCGCCCGGAGCGACGGGCCCAGCUCCAUCUUUAGCCAGCGGUCGGACAGCUUCGUGAGCGCCGCGAGCAGUUUUGAGAACUACCGCCCUGAGGUCCGCAACGGGCCUGCCGUGGGCGAGGUCGAGACGGACAACGACACGUUUGCUGACGAUCAUGAGGACCUCGACUUUGAGAUGUUGACCGAGGGUGACAGCACCAUCAUUGCCGUGGCGACAACCUCUGCCAGGUCCAGCAUCCAGGAGAUCGACGUGACCAAUUCAAAAUCGCUCUCGAGAGCGCAGACCCUCAACGGCGGGGAGAACUCGCAACGUAUUCCGAUUCAUUCCAAGGACCAGGGGCCUGUGGUUCAGUUGAAGGCGGUGGAAGCAGAGCAGACGGAAGAAGAAGGGUCCUCGGAGGAGCGUGGGCGUGACAUGGAGGUGGAUGAGUAUCCGAGCAGCGAUGAGGACGAUGGAUACGAGUCGUCCAUAAUAGAAGAGGACUACCAAGCAGUACCGUCAUCUCAUUCAGGGGAUGCACAAAAACAGUCCAUCGAGCAACCCAGAGAGAGGGAGUGGAGUCCAGAAGUGCUGGCAACUAUAAGAGAGAGUAGGGAAUUACUGAUGUCAAGCGGACAACAACCACAAAUGUCGAGCGAACUACCAAUUGAAACGGAAACGCCCUUACCAAAGGACAGCUUCUUACCAGAGAUUUCAUUCGAGGAUAGGGGUUUUGAAUUUGGCUUUCCAUAA